UUGAAGAGGAGAGAGGAGAAGGACGGCAGCCUUUCUCUCUCACUCUCUUUGAACCCUGCUAAAGCCCUACCGGUCUCCGUUCUCCGACGAUCGGAUCGAGCAGUUCCUCAAAUCCAUUCGGGAUGGAACUCUGCAAGAACUGGAGGCGGGGGAGGAGCAGCCCCCCAAACGGUGUCAAGGUAUGGAUUGUCCUGGGGAUCACCGUCGCCGGCGUGCUCAUCCUCGCCGAGGCCACCCGCCGACGGAGGCGCAUGUCGAGGGGCGUGCCGCGCCGUGUCGAGUUCUUCGGCGCCUUCGUCGAGCGGUUCGAGCUGGCCCCCUCCCCCCAGCCGCCUCCCCCUGCAGCUCGCCACCCCCUCGCCGACCUCAAGUUCGCCGUAAGCGACAAUUUUGAGAUCAAGGGUUAUGUUGCUGGGUACGGGAAUCCGGAUUGGAAGAGAACGCAUGAGCCUGCUAGCCAGACGGUGGUGGUGGUCUCGGCGCUUCUGGAGCGUGGAGCAACGUGCGUCGGGAGGACUGUCAUGGAUGAAUUUGCAUUCGGUGUAACAGGAGAUAACUUGCACUAUGGUACCCCAAUUAACCCAGAAUUGCCAUCUCUGGUCCCUGGAGGAUCAUCCAGUGGUUCUGCUGUGGCUGUUGCUGCUGAACUUGUUGACUUUGCUCUUGGUACUGACACCAUUGGAGGCAUGAGAAUUCCUGCAUCAUUUUGUGGAAUUUUUGGAUUUAAACCCUCUCAUGGAACUAUAUCUAACAUUGGGGUGUUAACAAACUCACAGAGUUUAGAUACUAUUGGAUGGUUUGCACGGGAUCCAUCUAUCCUUCAUUGUGUUGGGCAUAUAUUACUGCAAGCAUCUGCAAUGGGACCAAAAAGGACCAGGCGGUUUAUAUUAGCUGAUGAUUGCUUUCAGAUUUUAAGGGUUCCUAAGCAUAAAACGGUGCAAGUUUUAGGCAAAGCUGUUGAAAAUUUGUCUGGCUACCAGCCUUUGAAGCAUAUGAAUAUCAGUCAGUAUAUCGCUACAAAUGUAUUGAGCUUGAAGGAAUUUGUCAAGCCAUCCACAAAAAUGCAACAUGGAAAUUCUACUUUGAGGGCAAUUUCUUCAGCUAUGGUUUUGCUCCAAAGAUAUGAAUUCAAAACAAACCAUGAGGAUUGGUUUAAUACAACAAAGCCCAGAAUCGGUAUAGAUAUUUCCUCUCAAGUUCUUGCGGCUGUGAACUCCACACAGGAUAACAUCAAGUCUUUGUAUAAAAUGCGUUUAGAACUGAGAAGUGCAUUGAACAAACUUUUGAAGGAUGAUGGAAUUUUGGUAAUUCCAACAGUCACAGAAUUUCCUUUUAAACGUGAUUCUAGGAAAAAGAUGACUCCUGAUAUUGAAGAUCAUCUACAUGCAUUAUUGAGCAUUGCUGGGAUGUCUGGCUGUUGUCAGAUCACAGUCCCUUUAGGAAAGCAUGAGAGCUAUCCCAUUUCUAUAUCAUAUAUAGCAGCACAUGGAGCAGAUAAAUUUCUUCUUGAUACUGUUUUGGAUAUGUAUUCGUCUCUCCAAGAACAGAUUACAAUUGCAUCCAACUUGGUGCCAACACCUGAUACCAAUGGGGACAUGGAUGCAUCAGAACUAUGGAAAGAAAAGGGAAAUGCUGCAUACAAGGGAACACAGUGGAACAAGGCUGUUAGCUUCUACUCUGAAGCUAUUAAACUGAACAAUGCAAAUGCAAUAUAUUACUGCAACAGGGCAGCAGCUUAUCUGAAACUGGCUUGUUUCCAGCAGGCUGAAGCAGAUUGCAGCCAGGCUCUUUUGUUGGAUAAGAAGAAUGUAAAAGCAUAUUUGAGGCGAGGAACUGCCAGGGAAAUGCUCUUGUGUUAUAAAGAAGCUCUUGAAGAUUUUAAGCAUGCCUUGGUUCUGGAACCACAAAACAAGGAUGCCGUUGAUGCAGAGAAGAGAUUAAGAAAACUGAUGGCCUGAAGUCAUGCUCAACAGCCACUCCUGGAAGCAAGAAGCAUGAAGCUCAUCAGAAGGCCGAAAAGUGUUUCGGACAUCCCGAAAAUGAUCCAGUUUUUGGUAAGCUCUUAAUGUGUGUCUCGGCAAUAAAGGCCUUCGCGUCAAGUUAUUACCAGCUAUCAUAAGCAUUAACAUAAUUUUGUUUCAAAAAAAAAUUGCUAUAGCUUUUUGCAAAAAAAAAUGUGCGCUGUAAUCAUGAAACUGUACUGUAGAGUUACAAAUACCACAUUGUGAUCUCACUGAGGUUUAACAUUAUAUUUUUCCUGCAAA